AUGGCAAGCGAUUUUCAAGAUCGCGUAGUCGUAGCCGUUCUUCAUCUCGUUCUACACAGUCAAAGUCCAAACUGUGUUGGUAUCACUCAAAAUUUGAAGAGAAAGCACAUAAGUGCAUACAGCCAUGCAACUAUAAAAGAUUUCAAAGAGGAGUUGAGCACGUCAACUUCCUCCACAUCGUUUUCUAGUUAUCGUGCAUUUUUCGUUAAGGAUCUAGUGUCGAAGAAAUACUUCAUGGUGGACACUGGUUCUUGUUGCAGUAUUUGGCCUCUGCGUCUCACAACCGACAGGCCAAAACGAUCUAAUGUUACCUUGCAAGCUAUUGACUCGUCACCAAUAGCCACAUUCGGUCAAAUCACUUUACGCCUUGGCAUACAUCUUCGUCGAGAUUUUCAGUGGGUUUUUGUCAUUGCUGACAUUCCGCAUCCUAUUUUAGGUGCGGAUUUUCUAAAUAACUUUGAUCUAUUGGUAGAUGUCAGACGUCGGAGGCUAGUCGACGGUUCAACUACACUCUCCACGCCGACCAGAGAAUCUACCGAUUCAGCUCUUAGCCCGACAUUUUUUGUUUCUACAUCUGGAGAUGUUUUUCAUUCUCUAUUGGCUUCUUUUCCAGAGCUACUUGAUAUUACCUUUAAAAUGGCAAAACCCGUACACUCGACAUUCCAUCUUAUUACAACUACUGGACAGCCUGUUUUUUCGCGCCCACGGCAUCUUGCACCUGACCGUCUUAAAACGGCUAGGGCUGAGUUUGAGCAUAUGCUCCAGCUUGGUCUGAUACGCCCAUCCACCAGUCCAUGGGCAUAA